AUGUCACUACAACAGGAAGUCUGCACCAGAGAUGCCACUGAGGACCGGGAGCUCUGCACGACAAGCCUGCGCAGCCAGGCUGCUAAGGUCAGCAAAGCUGAUGCAGCCGGAAGUCGAGCCGGGAAUGCAGUGAAGGUAUUGCCUUCCGAGCUGCACAUCAUGUCGAACUUCAAUCUCAUGCAACAGGCAAACGGGCGGCAGCACAUGGUCAUUGGACACAUCGCUGGAGUUCAGC